CACCUAAACUUGGAAGUGAUCAUAUAAGUAGAUGUCGUCUCUUUUGCAACACCUGCACGAACACGAAGCCAACGAACCGGCUUCGGCGGACAGACCGUCGAUCUACGAGCUCCUGGCGACCGACGAGCUGAGAGACCUCGUCCAGCCUGCGUUUCGUUAUGUCCUGGCCUUCUUUGCUCAACGAUAUCCGAGGUAUCUCUUGCGGCUCGUCAACCGGCAUGAAGAGGUGUAUGCCCUGUUCAUGCUGCUCGUCGAGGGGUACCAUCUUCGGAGAUUGGACUCGACGUUUGCCGAUCAGUUCUAUGGGAUGAGGUACCGCUCCUCCUUGCCGGACCGUCCUUCCGCUCGGCCUUCAUCGAGACAAAAAGCGCUCAUCCUCGCCUUUAUCGUCGGCAUACCGUAUGUCAAGGCAAAGAUGAAGGACCUGUACGAACGGUUAGGGGGCGGGCUCGACCCGGAGAUCGCAAGGGCAAGGCGAGAGAACGACCCUCGAGGCUCCAUCAUCUCCACUCGUUCUCGUUUGAAAAACCUUAUCAUGAAGCUCUUCAAGCUCAUCUACCCUUACGCUGCUUUAGGAUACGCGCUCCUAGAGGUCGGGUACGAUGUCAACUAUGCGUUUGCGGCGAGAGGGGAAUGGAGGUGGUGGAUGAAGUUUGUCAGAGUCAGUGGGAUACGGGACGAUGGGUCUUUAAGCGAGAGCGAGCCCUCUUCGACAGCAACAACUUUGCUAGCCUCUUUACCUCGUCACGCCCUAUCAAAUCUCUUCCCGCUCACUCUCCUCGCCCUCAAAUUCUCUCAAUGGUGGUACUCGCCGAAUUCGCCUAGGGCUUCACACGCCGAGGAGUCGAGUCCGGGGGAUCGAGUCAGGGUCCCACCGCCAGGAAUGCUCCGACCGGCUGAGAGAGGCAUCUCUUCCUCCUCUUCCGAACCUUCCUUACCUUCCACACCGCCUGAAUUCGUCGACGGAUCAGAAGCUUCGACGGAGCGCAAGAAACCUCUGGCGUACGGACACUGCCCGAUAUGCGAAGAACCGUGGUCGAACCCCACAGCGUUGCCGACGGGGUACGUUGGGUGUUACCUCUGCCUGUACCGUUUCGUCGAGCGGGAAGGGGUGUGCCCGGUCACUGGAGGCGACCUGGCCGGGAUGGGUGGGGUGGACAGUCUGAGGAAGGUGCUC